AUGGGCAACAGAAUUGCCAGCAUGCAAUACACUGUCGAUACAUGCACUUUGCUCCACCGGAAAGUGAUUCAUCGAGAUCCUCCCCCCGAGACCUGGGACCCUCUUUUGGGUCCCCAGCCACUUGUCUCCAGCCCAACCACCUCGUGGACUCAGCGCCAGCGCAUGCAGUCCGUGUCUAGACCCUCUUAUCACAACGAGGCUGGGAGCUGCGAUGGCGUGGUAUUGGUCAUGGGAGUGUAUUAUUCGUACUUUGCGAUAUGA